AUGAGUACAACGAGUUCCCUACCUUGCCUCUUCUUCAUCGGAGCUCUCCUACACGUUGUCGUCGGCGUUGACAACCAGAUUGGAGGCGAUUUCGGUUGGAACCUACCCCCGACCCUCACCUUCUUCUCCGAAUGGGCUCGUAAUAGUACUUUCUUUGUCGGCGAUACGCUAAGAUUCAUACCUAGAGCGAACGAGACUCACACUUUUGCCGAAUCACAAUCUCAAGCGGAAUUUGAUGGAUGUGUCAAGGAAGGAUUAGUUUUCGAUUCUACGAUUUUUAUUACCUUAGAUCGCCCUGGUCGUCGUUAUUUUAUGUAUACUGAUGGAAAUCAUUGCAACAUGGGCAUGAAAUUUGCCAUAGACGUUUUUCAACAAUCGGGAACUGGAACGCCAAGGCCAAAUGCCGCAGUCAAAGUCGGUGCAUUGCCCAUGCUUUUCUUCACCACCAUGUUUAUGGCUAUUUUGUUUUUCUUUAUUUGA